AUGUCUUUAGAAAAAGUGGUUUAUACAGCACAUGCAAAAGCAACUGGCGGUCGUGAUGGUCGUGCAACAUCAUCAGACGGAAUUUUAGAUGUUAAAUUAGCAGUGCCUAAAGAAAUGGGUGGUGCUGGUGGCGGUACCAAUCCUGAACAACUUUUUGCAGCAGGUUAUUCUGCUUGCUUCCUUGGUGCGAUGAAAUUUGUUGCUAACCGUGAUCAUUUAAAAAUUACCCCAGAUGUUUAUAUCGAAGGUGAUGUUGGUAUUGGUCCAAUCGCUACUGAAGGUUUAGAGCAAGAAGAAGCACAGAAGUUAGUAGAUGCUGCACAUAUUGUUUGCCCAUAUUCAAAUGCGACUCGUGGCAAUAUUGAUGUGACAUUAAAUGUGAUAGUUUAA